AUGCCUCCUAUCCGAGCCCCGGCAAACCUGCCAAGCCUGGUCAAGACGGCAUUUGGCCAGGCAAAGGCGACCGGCGACCUGACGUACUUCCCCACACAAGUCGCGCUCCUCAAACUGAACUCUGUCCAGUUCCAGCUCCGAUUCUCGCCCGCCCUAGCCUCCAAGCCGAAAGGCCCUCCUCCGUCCGAUGAGCAGGACAAGAAGGAUGAAAUGAAAAAGGACAAGAAGGCCUUCAACCCGUUCGAAAACCCCCUCCCGUCCAUGACCGUGGUAAAGGACCUCGCACCCUCGCACGCCCUCGUCCUCAACAAGUUCGCCAUCGUCCCCGAGCACUUUAUCCUCAUUACGCGGCAGUUCAAGCCCCAGACGCACGUCCUGGAGAGCGACGACUUGGCGGCUGCCCUGGCUUGCGUGCGGGCCUACAAGGAGGAUGCUGCUGCUGCUAGUGAUGGCGAUGGUGUAAGCAAAACGGACAGCAGAAGGAGUGAGCUCUUCGUCUUCUUCAACUCGGGUCCCCACUCAGGCGCCAGUCAGCCGCACCGUCAUUUGCAGCUGUUGCCCGUGGAGCAGAUGAGGACUGGCUUGGAUGGAGAUGCUGCUUCGGCGUGGAAUGUCUUGGCCGAGGGCUCGGAUGAUCAGCUGCGCGAUUUGCCCUUUGCAAUCCUGCGUGAGGCCAUUACGCCCGACACCACUGCCGAGGAACUGCACGCCAAGUACGUGAGCCUGUACCGGCGGGCGGCGCGGCUGGCACUCGCGGAAGCGAGCAAUGAUAUCGCGGGCCAAGGCGAGGCCCAGUUCAGCUACAACAUGGCCAUGACUGACAAGGUUAUUGCGCUGUGCCCACGCGCCGUUGAGGGCGCACCGAUUGUCACCGGUCGUGACGGCGGCAGAGAGCUUGGGCACGUUGCGCUCAAUGGCACGCUCCUGGCUGGCACGGCGCUAGUCAAGACUCAGGAGCUGUACGAUGCCAUCAAACAGGAACCGGCACUCCUCUUCAACGUACUCGAGAAGAUUGGAUUCAAGCCCAGAGAGGAGACGGUUCUUGGUAACUUAUAG